AUGGCAGCCCCCGGAGGUCUGGGCCGCUGCGUGGCCGCCUUCUGGCUGGCGCUGGCCUUCGACGCGGUGGGUUUGGCGGUGCUGCUGGCCGGGGUGUUCGCCGACGUGUUCUUCGCCGACUUACUAAUCUACGCGGGCGGUAUCGGCAUCUUCCUCAGCCUCAUCUGGUGGGUGUUCUGGUACGCGGGCAACCUAGAGGUGUCGCCAGAGGAGCUGCGCGACGACGUGGGGCUGGCACCGCCCAAGGGCCGUGGGGAUAGCGUACUGCGGGGUUUGGUGCACGGCUUCAGCCUCCGCUUCUCUUCAGUUCUCGGCACCGCGUCUCGUUCCCGCCGCGCCGCCGACCUGGAGCUGCAGCGCCCCCGCGGCCCGCCGCGCCGCCCCGCCGACGGCAACAGGAUCUGCUGAAGACAAGCCUGUUGAAGUUAUUGCCUCUAAAAGAGGUGAAACUGCUACAAUUCAUGGAAGGAGAAAUCUGUAUUCCAUGCAGUAAGAUUCUUUCAUAUGGAAUAAUUUCUGCAAUCACAGUGGACUUUAUAUGAAGUGGAUGCAUAGACCUAUAUCUCUGCCAAAUGCACCUAUUUCAGCGUUGGAUUGGAUCACAUCUGGUUGUUAUUUGUUUUUUUGUUUGUUUGUUUCAUCAUUUCAAAACUUAAAAUUGACUUUCCAAGAAGUGAGAACUAAAAAGGAAACCAACCCAAUCCACAGAAAAAAAUAACUGCAGCAUGUUAUACAUAAUUACCUUUCAUAAUGACCCAGGAAUGUUUGGAUAAAAAGCUCUUGCACAGUGAAAAGCUUUUGCACUGUUUUUCUAAGGUCUGGAAGUUAAACUCACUGUGAAUUUUAUAUGAUGUCAGUGCAAUACUUUUAUUUGUAAGGGUGCUUUUAAAAUAGCUGUGUAAAACUACUGGUGCAGUUAUGAAUGCAGAAGUUGUUGAUAGUGUAAAUACAAGAUUUACAGUGACUCCUAUGAAGUUUCAUCAUUAUUUGGGAAUAGCUUGGAAUUUGAGGUUUUAUAAGUACACAAGUAAAAAUAGUGAUGUUGGCAUUCCAAUUCUUUCUUCAUAGUUACAUGUAAUGUAAUAUGAUAAGAGGAGGCUUUUGAAUUCAGUUAUGAUACAAUAACUUUUUCUAACGCUGAAGCAUUAAA